GCCCCGCCGCGCCCCGUCCCCGCCGCCGAGCCGAGCCCCGGGGCCGCCUCGUCCCUUUGUGUGCGCCGCGACCGGGCACCGGCGGGAGCGAUCCCGGGAGCCGCAGCGAGCGCCCCGGGGCCCGGCCCCCCCCCGGUGGCCCCCAUGAAGGAGCCCGACGCCAUCAAACUCUUCGUGGGGCAGAUCCCGCGGCACCUGGAGGAGAAGGACCUGAAACCGAUCUUCGAGCAGUUCGGCAAGAUCUACGAGCUGACCGUCAUCAAGGACAAGUACACCGGGAUGCACAAAGGAUGCGCUUUCCUGACCUACUGUGCCCGAGAGUCGGCCCUGAAGGCGCAGAGUGCUCUGCACGAGCAGAAAACCCUCCCGGGGAUGAACCGGCCCAUCCAGGUGAAGCCGGCGGACAGUGAGAGCCGAGGAGAGGACCGCAAGCUCUUCGUGGGGAUGCUGAGCAAGCAGCAGGCGGACGAGGACGUGCGCAAGAUGUUCGAGCCCUUCGGCACCAUCGACGAGUGCACGGUGCUGCGCGGCCCCGAUGGCACCAGCAAAGGCUGUGCCUUCGUCAAGUUCCAGAGCCAUGCGGAGGCUCAGGCCGCCAUCGCCGCGCUGCACGGGAGCCGCACCCUGCCGGGAGCCUCCUCCAGCCUGGUGGUGAAGUUUGCGGACACGGAGAAGGAGCGGGGCCUGCGGCGGAUGCAGCAGGUCGCCAGCCAGCUGGGCAUGUUCAGCCCCAUCGCCCUCCAGUUCGGGGCCUACAGCGCCUACACGCAGGCGCUGAUGCAGCAGCAGGCGGCCCUGGUGGCUGCCCACUCGGCCUACCUCAGCCCCAUGGCCACCAUGGCCGUCCAGAUGCAGCACAUGGGCACAGUCAACCCCAACGGGCUCAUCGCCACCCCCCUGCCCCCCUCCUCAGGCCGCGCCGUGCCCGCAGGUACCAGCACGCCCCCGGCCAUGGCCGCCACCCCGGUCCCCGCCAUCGCGGCCCCGCUCAGCGUCAACGGCUACAGCCCGGUACCGGCGCAGCCCGCGGGGCCCCCGGCGCCCGAGGCCGUGUUCGCGGGGGGGGUCCCCCCCUUCCCAGCCCAGAGCCCCGCGGCCCCCGGAGACCCCCUGCAGCAGGCGUACGCCGGCAUGGGGCACUACACAGCCGCCUACCCAGCAGCCUAUGGGCUGGUGAGCCCGGCCUUCGCCCCCCCGGGACCCCUGCUCGCUCCCCCGCCCCCCCCGCAGCAGCAGCAGCGAGAAGGCCCCGAGGGCUGUAACAUCUUCAUCUACCACCUGCCCCAGGAGUUCGCCGACACCGAGAUCCUGCAGAUGUUCCUGCCCUUCGGCAACGUCAUCUCCGCCAAGGUCUUCGUGGACCGCGCCACCAACCAGAGCAAGUGCUUCGGCUUCGUGAGCUUUGACAACCCGGCGAGCGCCCAGGCCGCCAUCCAGGCCAUGAACGGCUUCCAGAUCGGGAUGAAGCGCCUCAAGGUGCAGCUCAAGAGGCCCAAAGAUGCCAACCGGCCGUACUGAGCCUGGUCUGGAGGCUCUGGAGCAGCACCUUUGGGUGCCUCCCUAUUGCAGAGCAGUCCCCAUCUCCCCCCCCCCCCCCCAAGUGGUGCCCGCAGGGGGCUCAGUCCUGCUGGGGGGGGGGGACACAGACCCCCACACGCUCAGGAAGGAUGGAUCCCCCCUUCCAGGACCGAUCCGGACCCCCGA